AUGUUACAUCUUCUUACUAAUCAAAUUACACAUAUUAUUGUCGAUAUUAAUAUUGAGAAUGUUGCGAUACCGAUUAGAAAUGAAGCAGAUAUAUUUGUAAUCAUAUUAUUAAUCAGUAAACGUUUAAGUGAUUUGACUUUUCUUCAAAAGUCCUCAGAAGAAUAUCUAACAAUUUCAUUUUUGAAUAUUUUAUAUAGAAAUUCUUUUUCUUCAACCCUCACUAAAUUGACAAUAAAUGUCAAUAGUUUUGAUGAUUGUCUUUAUCUUUUUAAUGGAUGUCUCGAAUCUUUAUCUACAUUGAUUAUUCGUAUCAAGAAAAUUACUCGUUCAUUAUCGGAAAUAGAUAAUACAAAAAAGCUUCUCAAAUUAAAACAUUUCUCAUUAGCAACAGAUUUUUAUACAAGUUGUUAUGAUACAGAAGUUGUUCCAUUACUUCGUCGAAUGUUAAAUCUUGAAGAAUUAACAUUAUUUCUUUCAGUAGUAAGAAGUAAAUCGACUUAUAUUGAUGGUAAUCAAUUAUAUGAUAAAGUUCUUAAUUAUAUGUCACAACUAAAUAAAUUUAUCUUCAAUAUACACACUCGCAUUAUGAACGAUUUUAUUAUCAACAAUAAUAUUAAAAUUGAUCUUCCAUCGAAUGAUGAUAUUCGAAAUAGUUUCAUUAAAAGAGGAUUCAAAUCAAUUGAUACAUGUGCCGAUGAUAAACUUAUCAAUAAUAGAGGCAAUUGUCAUGUUUAUUCUCUUCCAUAUCAAUUCAACGAAUUCUUGUUUAUGAAUAGUUGUUUUCAAGGUGGAAAAUUCGAUAAAGUUCGAUUGUUAACAAUGUUUGAUAUACGUCCAUUUGAACAUGAAUUAUUCAAAAUCAUCUCUCAAGACUUUCCUUUUCUUCAACAAUUACAUAUAUGUAAUAAUCAUCGGCAAAUAAAUGAGCACCAUCAUUCAUCUACAUUGAUUACAUUUAAUUAUCUGUUUAAACUCCAUCUUUACGCUGUACACAAGGACUACGUUAUACAGUUUCUUUCGGAUAAAAACACUCGUUUACCUUGUUUAACAAAUCUCAUAAUUGAGUAUAAAACAUUAGUAGCUGUAACAAAUAAUUUUACCAAUGAUGCAACACGUCUCAAUUGUUCUAAAAUUAAAUAUCUAGUUACAUAUGAACCGUUUGUUCGUUCACAAAAUUUUGUUGCAUAUUUUCCGUCUCUGUAA